CAUCCUAAUGCAGAGAUGCUGCAGUGGCUCUGGGCACACACAUCCCCACUCGGGCAGGCAUCAGUCGGGCUCAGCACCGCGGCAGGAGCUCCGCGGCCCCGCACUCCCCCGCCUCAUGCUCAGCCCCCGACCCCAUCCCAGGGCCGCUGUCCCCACUCAGCCAUAGAGCCACGGCCAUAAAAUCUGGAGCACAGGAUGGGAGGCACCGCUGGAUUCAUCUGCACCUCCCUGGCCGUCAUCAUCUGUGUGGUCUGGUGCCAAGCACAGAGUGGCACAAGGAGCUACGGGCCGGUGUUUGAGGAGCAGCCCGCACACACCCUGUUCCCUGAAGGCUCAGCAGAAGAGAAAGUGACACUGAUGUGCCGAGCCAGAGCCAAUCCCCCUGCAACGUACAGGUGGAAGAUGAACGGCACAGAGCUGAAGAUGGGGCCGGAUUCCCGGUAUAGGUUGGUUGCUGGCGACCUGGUGAUAAGCAACCCAGUGAAAGCCAAGGAUGCAGGCUCCUACCAGUGCGUGGCAACCAACGCCCGUGGCACAGUGGUCAGCAGGGAAGCAUCACUCCGCUUUGGCUUUUUGCAGGAAUUCUCUGCAGAAGAACGAGAACCCGUGAAGAUCGCUGAAGGCUGGGGAGUGAUGUUCACCUGCAGCCCCCCUCCCCAUUACCCAGGCUUGUCCUACCGAUGGCUUCUGAACGAGUUUCCCAACUUCAUCCCAGCCGACGGGAGGCGUUUCGUCUCUCAGAGCACAGGAAACCUCUACAUUGCCAAGACAGAGGCUUCCGACCUCGGCAACUACUCUUGCUUUGCCACCAGCCACAUCGACUUCAUCACCAAGAGCGUUUUCAGCAAGUUCUCCCAGCUCAGCCUGGCUGCCGAGGACGCCAGGCAGUAUGCGCCCAGCAUAAAAGCCAGGUUCCCUGCAGACACCUACGCUCUGACCGGGCAGAUGGUGACUCUGGAGUGUUUCGCCUUUGGGAACCCUGUUCCUCGAAUAAAGUGGAGGAAGCUAGAUGGCUCGCAGACCUCCAAGUGGAUCUCCAGCGAGCCCCUCCUGCACAUCCAAAAUGUUGACUUUGAGGAUGAAGGCACUUACGAGUGCGAGGCUGAAAACAUCAAAGGGAGAGACACCUACCAGGGCCGCAUCAUCAUUCACGCUCAGCCGGACUGGCUGGAUGUGAUCACGGACACGGAAGCUGACAUUGGGUCUGACCUGCGCUGGAGCUGCGUGGCAUCCGGCAAACCCCGGCCAGCGGUGCGGUGGCUGCGGGAUGGGCAACCCCUGGCCUCCCAGAACCGCAUCGAAGUGAGCGGUGGAGAGCUGAGAUUUUCCAAGCUAGUCCUGGAGGACUCUGGCAUGUAUCAGUGUGUGGCUGAGAACAAGCAUGGCACAGUAUAUGCAAGUGCUGAAUUAACAGUGCAAGCCUUAGCACCAGAUUUUAGACUAAACCCAGUGAAACGACUGAUACCUGCAGCCCGGAGUGGGAAGGUCAUCAUCCCUUGCCAACCGAGAGCAGCACCAAAAGCCACCGUGCUCUGGACCAAAGGGACCGAACUGCUCAUCAACAGCAGCAGGGUGACUAUUACCGCCGAUGGCACCUUGAUCCUCCAGAACAUCAGCAAAUCUGACGAGGGAAAGUAUACCUGCUUUGCUGAGAAUUUCAUGGGCAAAGCCAACAGCACGGGGAUCCUCUCUGUUCGAGAUGCCACCAAAAUCACACUGGCACCAUCCAGUGCUGAUAUCAACGUGGGUGAAAACCUCACUCUGCAGUGCCACGCAUCCCAUGAUCCAACCAUGGACCUAACCUUCACCUGGUCCCUGGAUGAUUUCCCCAUUGACUUGGACAGGUCGGAGGGGCACUACCGGCGAGCCAGCGUGAAGGAAGCUGUCGGGGACCUCGCCAUCGUCAACGCCCAGCUGAAGCAUUCGGGGCGGUACACGUGCACAGCCCAAACGGUCGUGGACAGCACUUCGGAGUCGGCCACGCUGACUGUCAGAGGACCCCCCGGGCCCCCUGGGGGUGUGGUGGUGAGAGACAUCGGUGACACCACCGUCCAACUGAGCUGGAGCCGUGGCUUCGACAACCACAGCCCCAUCGCCAGGUACAGCAUCGAGGCCAGGACACUGCUCUCCAACAAAUGGAAGCAGAUGCGCACCAAUCCUGUAAACAUCGAAGGCAAUGCCGAGACAGCCCAGGUGGUGAACCUCAUCCCUUGGAUGGAUUACGAGUUUCGGGUCUUAGCGAGCAACAUCCUUGGAGUUGGGGAGCCAAGUUUACCCUCCAGCAAAAUCCGUACCAAAGAAGCAGCACCCACAGUGGCACCAUCUGGGCUCGGCGGUGGCGGUGGGGCUCCCAAUGAGCUCAUCAUCAACUGGACGCCAACACUGCGGGACUACCAGAACGGAGAUGGCUUUGGCUACAUCCUGUCAUUUCGUAAGAAGGGCACUCAGGAAUGGCUCACUGCCCGCGUGCCUCACGCGGAAUCCCUGCACUACGUGUACCGCAAUGAGAGCAUCGGGCCCUACACCCCCUUCGAAGUGAAGAUCAAAGCAUACAACAGGAAAGGAGAGGGACCAGAGAGCCUCACAGCCAUCGUGUACUCCGCAGAAGAAGAACCAAAAGUGGCUCCAUUCAGAGUUACAGCCAAAGCUGUUCUGUCCUCAGAAAUGGAUGUGUCCUGGGAGCCAGUGGAGCAGGGAGACAUGACUGGCGUGCUGCUGGGUUACGAGAUCCGGUACUGGAAGGAUGGCGAUAAAGAGGAGGCAGCUGACAGAGUGAGAACAGCAGGGUUGGUCACAUCGGCUCACGUCACAGGCCUAAAUCCCAACACGAAAUACCACGUCUCAGUGCGAGCCUACAACCGUGCUGGAGCUGGGCCCCCCAGCCCCUCCACCAACAUCACAACCAUAAAGCCACCACCAAGGAGGCCACCAGGCAACAUCUCCUGGACUCUGACUGGGUCUACAGUCACCAUCAAGUGGGACCCAGUGGUGGCACAGGCAGAUGAGUCUGCAGUUACAGGGUACAAGAUGCUUUACAGGCAGGAUUCCCACUCUGCUCCCACGCUGUACCUGGCGAGCAAGAGUCGGAUCGACAUCCCAGUGCCUGAGGACUUCACUCAUGCCUUCGUACAGAUCCGGGUGACGGGGCCUGGGGGGGAUGGGAUCCCAGCAGAAGUCCACAUCCUCCGAAAUAGUGGGACCAGUAUGAUGGUGGAAGACUCCGUGACGAGGCCGGUGCCGCACGCUGCCAUCAUCACCACCAACUCCCUGGCCAUGGUGGCCCUGAUCCGGUACCUGGAGCUCUAAUGGGGCCAGCAAAGUUGAGAUGUGGGACAUCCCUCCUCCCAGGGCAGCAGGAACUGCUCAAUGUCUGGUGCUGCACCUCCAUGUUUGGACCGCAGCAGUGUUACAGAGAGGGAUUUGCUAACAUUAUCUGAAGGGAGGAAGAAAGAAACAGCUUUUUUUUGUUGUCGUUCCUUUGGAAGAGUAUGAGACCGCAUACAAGACGUGGGUCUGCAACCAAUCAACUUUUUUUUUUUAAGGAGUACAGCAAAGAAGAAUUCUACCCAAAUUCUGACAGCCGACUGCCCCGUUCACCACACUGAGAAGGUUUUCUGCCUUACGAAGCCAUGUACUACAAUAACCAGACUGCUAAACUUGACUUUUUUUAAAAUAUGUACAGUGUAUUUGGGGGAGGGGGAAGGGAAUCUGGGGACUGAGGACUUCCAAGUGAUGGGCACGUUCCACACCGACCCCAACCACAGCCAUCUCUACGGAGCGAUGGGCCACGAUUCACUUCCCCAAAAUAAGAGCCAAAUUCCACAGCAACGAGCCCAAGGAGACAAAGCCACAAGAGACACCACUCUCUGCUUCAUCCUGAAGGAGAUGGGUGGACACAAGAGUUUAGCUUGUGAACAUCUUCUGUUUCUUUUUUUAUGACACUGGUGUUAACUCGCAGCCUCGUGUUUGUAACAGCUGCCAUGCUGUGAGGUGCAAUGUUUGAUGUGAUCCAUAUCCCACCUGGUCCGCGGUGUUCUUGUUCUGUUGUUUGCUUCUUUGUUGUCUGGGGAGGGGUAAGAGAAAAUCCACCCGUUUGGAGAGAGAUCCUCCUGAUGCAGAAGGCUUGGAGAUACUUCAUUUCAAGGCGGAGAGGACCUGAAAGAAGGAAGAGAAAGGAACACCAAGACCUGGAGACUUCACAAAGCUGAGGCAACAAGGAGGAUCUGGAACGGGGCAUUCAUCCCCAGUCCCAGAUUUGGGGACGUAUGAUGGAUCCUCAGUGUGCUUGGCCAAUGUACAUAGGGCUGACACCCCAACGUGGGGAUGUCCAGCCGCCCCACUGAUUGAAAUGGUUGGGAAGAGCUGCCACCUAUUAAAAAUUCUGCAUCUCCCA